AUGGCGGAUGCAUCACCAGUGUACUUCAAUUUCCUAGUCUCACCACGGAUCCCUCCAGAGCUCGUUUUGCAGAUGAUCCAGCAUCUUCCCUUUGGCGACGGCGCCCUCAUAGCGGCCAUCCGCAGCGCGCACCCACGGCUCCGCGCCCUGUUCUACAACUACGAGCGCUCCAUUACAGCCUGCUUCAUGCGGACAGAGCUCCGCCAUGCUGAAACAGAUUUCCCAUGCGACGGCGACCUCAACGUGGAUUGGCUGGCCGACUGCGUACGCAGCUAUGACAUUAUAGACGAUGUCAUGGAUGCACUGUGCUCGGAGCAUAAUUUCAACGCCGUUCUGCGGCAUAAUAUUUCACUUGCCAAUGCAGGCUUACUGCUGGUCCACCGUAUCUCUUCCAUUGAAACUCAUGGGGGCAAACUUGACUACAUCAAGUCAUUGCAAGGAGACCCCCUGGCAGCCAUAUACCUAGUUCUUCACCACUCGACACUCUCAGCACGGUACCACGGCUCGGGCUGGAUCCAUCAGCGCACCUACGGGCGCUUCAUGGACGCCAAUCAAGUCGAACUGCGCAGCGAGCUGGAACUGUGCUUUGCAGAGGCGGCGCUGAGUAUCGGGCCUGGCUUCAUUUCGGAUACGCUGCUGCACCAUGAUUCGUCGGAUUGCGAGACGACGUUGCUGAACUUCUACCACGAGUACGGGUCGCAUGAUUGGCAUUGGCCGUGUUGGGGGACCGGAGAGGGAGAGUUUGAGCCGCCGAGGACGCAGGGCCCGCACAAGCAAAUGGGCAGUGAAAAGAGCCUAUUCACGACGGUGCUGGAGUGCUUGGCAGAGGUUAACAAGUGUGAGGUGGGGGAUGUGAGGCAGAGGGUAGAGCAGGAGCUGGAGAGCGCAGAGCACUCGUUGGCGUGGCUAAGCUUAGCUAGUAAGCAACGGCUGUUGGAGGGAAAGGAUUUGAAGGCUGUUGAUGGGUCAUGGGAUUGAAGGUUUUGUGAGCGUUUGAGUUUGUCCUGGGUGAAGCGGUCCAGGUUCUAUUUCAUGCCCGAGAUGUAACAACAAACCCUGCUAUACAGGGGAAUUGGAAUUCCAGACUGCUUCUUGCACGUCCGCGAUGCAGUUGAGAUGCAAUCUAUGAAAGAUCGGCAUACACAUCUGUUCGUCUCAUCAUUGGCACAUCUCUCCUCAGUUUCUCCACAUAGUCAAGGUCCACGUCUGCAACUGCAAUCUCGCCUUCAUCCUUCCACUCUCCGUCCCCGCCCUCGUCGCCCCCAAGCUCGGCCAUAAUCUUGCCCCAAGGAUCAACAAUCAUGCUGUGUCCGUAGCUCCUCCUCUUGCCCUCAUCGUCGUGCACGCCCACCUGGGCAGCGGCAAUAACAU